AUGCGUUUAGCGCGCACGACCAGGCGUGGGACGCCUCAAAAAUCGCCUCACUGUACCUCCACUCCUGCUGGCCCCACUCUCCUCUCCCUGCAGUGCACGGUGUGGAUGCACGGUGUGGAGUACGCGUUUGGAGCGCACGACCAGCCAUGCAGCGGUGUGUUUGAGCUGGUUCCCCGCACCGCCCCGGGGUUCCUCUUCCGCACCGCCAUUCCUGUCGGCACCACCACGCUCUCGCCUCUGCAGGUGCGCUCAAUAGUGCAGCAGCUAGCGUGCAGCUACACGGGAAUCAGCUAUCAAAUCAUCUCACGCAACUGCAACCAUUUCACCUCGGACCUCUGCCGCUUGCUGGUAGACCAGGCCCCGCCCCCCUGGAUCAACCGCCUUGCUCGCACUGCCCUGCUCUGCAACUGUAUUCUGCCCGAUGGAGUUCGCGUGGAGGUUGGGGAGGUGGACGGGGAGGAGGGGGAGCGGGGGGGAGGGGAAGGGAGAGGGGGAGGGAGAGGGGGCGAGGAGGGGAGGAGGAGAGGAAGGGAGGGAGGAGGGACGGGUGAGGGGAGGGAUGGAGGGAGGUGUGGGGAGGGGAGAGGAGGGGGUGGGAGGAGGAGGGGGCCUGUGAUGGUGUAUGGGGUUAGUGAGGAGGAGCAGAGGAGUGAGGGGAGAGGGGAGGGGAGAGGGGGGGGGAGUGGCGGGGAGGAAAGGGGCGAGCGGUGGUGGAAGGGGAAGGAGUGGGCGGAAGGGGAUGAGGUGGGAUACUUUGACACGGACUCAGAAUUCUCUGAUGAUGAGGAGGAUGAUGAUGGUAAGGGGGGACGAUGA